CCCACAUCAACAUGGCACCCUGCCCUAUAUAUACCUCCAUUUAUACAUCAUUUACUUCACACUUCACAGCCAGAUUUAGAGAAACCAAACCAAAUUAAGCAAUGGCCAUCAUGUCUGCUCAACUUAUAUUUUCCCUCAGCUUAGUCUUCCUCGUCUCAGGAGCUCACAUGGCAACGAUAUCCAUUACAAACAAUUGUCCAUACACCGUUUGGCCAGGAACUCUCGCCAACGCUGAGCAUCCUCAAUUAGCAGAAACCGGGUUCGAGUUAGCCACCCGAGGAACAAAGACCCUCAACAUUCCUGCUAAAUGGGCGGGCCGUUUCUGGGCCCGAACACAAUGCUCCGGUAGCUUCACUUGUGCCACUGCAGACUGCGGCUCAGGCCAAGUUGCCUGCAAUGGUAAAGGUGCAGUCCCACCUGCAUCCCUGGUUGAAAUAAAGUUCCAAUCAGACGACGGACAGGAUUACUACAAUCUUAGUCUCGUUGAUGGCUUUAACCUUCCAGUUGCUGUCGCCCCAGAAAAUGGCUCUGGUUCUAAAUGUGUUAAAGCCACAUGCUCAGCCAAUGUGAACGCGGCGUGCCCGGCGGAGCUACAAGUGAAAGGAACCGAUGGAAGUGUGAUUGCUUGCAAGAGUGCAUGUGAACAAUUUAAAGACCCAAAAUACUGCUGCACUGAAGCUUAUGCAGAUAACUGCCCGCCAACAAACUACGCUACGAUUUUCAAGAACCAAUGCCCUCAAGCUUAUAGUUACCCUAAAGAUGAUGCCAGUAGCGUGUUUGCAUGCACUUCUGGAGCUAACUACGCCAUUACUUUCUGCCCAUGAAUGAGGGAUACACUAACUGAAACUCUUUGAUAUAAUCUACUAUAAAUAUAGGAUUAAAUAAAACUCAGUCCGUAUCAUGAAGCUUAUGGACGAUGCGGAUAAUUUUCUUCCAAGAAUUUGUUAUCUGUAAUAACGAAUGAAGAAAUAAAUAACUCUCAUUAUAAUUUUUCUUUACU